AGCUCUAAAGAGUGACUCUUCGAAUUCAUCUCCAGUCACGCCUGAACGGGUGAUGUGCGGGAGGCGGGACCACGCAUGCUUUCAGCUUGGAGAAAGCCGUUUCAAAAGACUAGGGGUUUUGGGGGAGGAACUCUGAAGAGGACCCAUCAUCAUCAUCAUCAUCAGUUCACCAACUCUCCUAACCGGCUGCCCCGCAUCCGCAACCCCACAGAGAAAAAUCCCAAGAUGGCCCCGACCUCCAUCAAAUCCGUGCUAAUCAGUGAAAGUGUCGAUCCCCGCUGCAGGGCGAUCCUGGAGGAAAACGGCAUCCUAGUGACGGAGAAGCAGAACAUGAAGAAAGAGGAAUUGAUUGCAGAGAUUGGGCUCUAUGAUGGCCUUGUGGUCAGAUCUGCAACAAAAGUAACAGCUGACAUCAUCAGUGCCGCUCAUAAUCUCAAGAUCAUCGGGAGAGCUGGGACCGGUGUGGAUAAUGUGGACGUAAAUGCUGCUACCCAUAAGGGCAUCAUUGUCAUGAACACACCAAGCGGUAACACAAUUAGUGCCGCUGAGCUGACAUGUGCACUGCUGAUGAGCCUUUCAAGGAAUGUGCCUCAAGCUGUAAUGUCAAUGAAAGAAGGGAACUGGGACCGUAAAAAGUUCAUGGGUUCAGAGCUGUAUGGCAAAGUUCUAGGAAUAGUUGGACUUGGAAGAAUCGGGAAGGAAGUUGCCACGAGAAUGCAAGCCUUUGGCAUGAAGACUGUUGGUUAUGAUCCUAUUACUCCACUGGAGGUGUCAGCUAGCUGGGGGGUGGAGCAGAUGUCGCUGGAGCAGCUAUGGCCUCUGUGUGACUACAUUACUGUCCACACUCCCCUCAUGCCCUCCACUGUUGGUCUCCUCAAUGACAACACAUUUGCUAAGUGCAAGAAAGGAGUGAAGGUUGUGAACUGUGCGAGAGGGGGCAUCAUUGAUGAGGCUGCUCUUCUCAGAGCUUUGGAGUCUGGACAGUGUGGAGGAGCAGGGCUCGAUGUCUUCAAUGAGGAGCCACCUAAGAACCGUUCUCUGGUGGACCAUCCCAAUGUCAUCAGCUGUCCGCACUUGGGCGCCAGUACGAAGGAGGCUCAGGCUCGCUGUGGGGAGGACAUAGCCCAGCAAAUUGUGGACAUGGUGAAAGGCAAGAACUUGGUUGGAGCAGUCAAUGCUCAAGUUUUGGCUGGCACGUUCUCCCAGGAGUCCCACCUGCUCAUCAAACUGGGAGAAUCUCUGGGAGCAUUGCUUCAGUCCUGCAGUGCCGCCAAGAAGCCGUUGAGUCGAGUUCAGAUCACAUCUCAAGGCGAGUGCAUGAAGUCCUGCACUGGUUACAUGAAGUCAGCUGUGUUGGUCGGCCUGCUCAGCCAGGACUGUGAAUGUCGCCCAAACCUCAUCAAUGUCCUCAGCCUGUCCAAGCAGAAAGAAAUUGAGGUGAGUCAGACCCACGGUGCAUCUGAAGGUGACGGUGUGUGUAAGGUGGAACUAGUUGCCGGCGGCUGCAGCUAUAGAGUCAGCGGAUCAGUUCAAGGAGGGGUCCCUGUCCUGCUGGAGCUGAACGGUAGCGUGUUCCGGCAACCCAUCGCUCUCUGUGGAAAUCUGCUGUUCUUCAGGGCUUCUGGUGGUCCUCAACUGCUGUCUUCAAUGGCUGGAGUGUUGGCAGCAAACGGAGUGGAGAUUCAGAGUUUCAGCGCUCCCACCGCCCACCCUGAGGAUCCAUGGCACUGCGUGGGGGUGUCUUCCCUCCUGCCAGAUCUGAGUGUCUUGAAGCCUUCGGUAAAGGACGCAGCACAGCUUCAGAUUUAAAUGGAAACAGCACUUAACCACUCCGGAAACUAAUUCCAUCACAACGUUAACCUUGCAAUGAGGUUUUAACAUAAAUAAUCUGCCUUGACUUUUGUGUUUACAGCUAACAAAUUGUUUAGAAGUUGCAUAAUUAACAGAUAAAACUUUUUGUUUUUAUGUAUUUUUGCGAUUUGGUCUUCUUUUGAGAUUCUCAAAUAAAAAUAUUACAAAAUA